UAAACACUACUCAAAACAUUUCUUCCUCAUUUCCAAAUUAACACUACUUUCUCCAAAUCUUGAGUUUUUCACUACUACUAUAGAUGACUACUCUUGCAAGCUCAAUGUCAUCGUUAAGGGGUUCGAAGAUCAGAAAAUGGCAAGGCUCAAAGCAAGUUAGAGAGCAUAGAGCAAGACUUUACAUUAUUUGGAGAUGUACAGUCCUGCUUCUCUGCUGGCAUGACUGACCGAUCACCUGGAUUAUACGGUACUAGAAAUUGGGGUUGAAAUUGGGGUUGUAAUAGAGACAAACGUUGCGAUAGGCACAAUUUCCAGUAGUGUUAAUUAAGUUAUCAUAUGAACGAGAUUGUACAGCUUUUUGAAGGGUUGGGAUAGCUUUUGUGUAGGAGUAGAGAGUUAAGUUACAUGUACAAUGUAAAUUAUAUACAAAAAGUCGAUGAGAAUAAUAACUCAAGAACACUUUUCUUAUUACUAA